GAGAGUCAGUGUUGAUGUGAAGAUGGGACACACUUUGCUCUGCGUGCUGGGGUUAUUCUUGCUGAACACACGUCUACAAUGCUGUCACGCUGAAGAUGCUUUGACUCUAAAGACCAACUGGUCCACUUCAUACACGGGGGAAACUGUUACGCUCGCAUGUGACAAAAGUGACGGCCAAGACACUGACUGGAGUUACACCUUCACCAGGAAUAAUAAUAAACUUGAUUUCUGCAAAACAAAGAAGUCUUCUUGCUCCUUCAAGCUAAUGAAAAACGACACAGGCCAAUACCAGUGCAGUGUUUUUCAAACAAAGACACAUUCUACAAACCAGAGUAAUAUAGUCAGUCUGACUGUAUUAGAUAAUCCAAAACCUGCUCUCAACGUGUCUCGUUCAUGGCUGAGUCCUGGAGCCUCCGUCACUCUGAACUGCAGUGUUACAGAUUCAGCAGCAGGGUGGAGGUUUUACUGGUAUAAGGCCGUCGCCAAUCUGUCUAUCAACUCCAACUACAGCUAUGAGCUACUACCCGGCAAGAGCAAUGGGACUGAAAACAAUACCUACGUUGUUAAUGGACAGACACACACAGCAGGGUAUGUGUGCAGGGCUGGAAGAGGAAACCCUGUGCAUUACUCUUGGUAUAGCAAACCAAAGUUUGUCUGGUCUGGAGAUUCUCAUGCACCAUCAGUCAAAGUGAGUCCUGACAGAGUGCAGCACUUUUCCUCAGAGCCUGUGUCACUGAGCUGUGAGGGGAACCAGUGGAGAGUGGUGAGGUUCACUAAAGCAGGCCAUCUGUCAAACUGCUCUGACUGGGGCAGAAAUAACGGAUCCACAUGGACCAUCACUAAUCUGACAAACAAAACAGCGGUGUACUGGUGUGAGUUUGCAUCUGGUCAAUUCAGCAAUGCAGUCAACAUUACUCUACAAAGUGAUAUUAUCCUGGUGAGCCCUGUCCAUCCUGUGACUGAAGGAGAUUCUGUUCAUCUUAGUUGCAAAGUGAAGAACGGAUCAUUAUCUUCUAAUGUUUCUUUCUAUCGAAAUAAUACUUUCCAAAAGUAUACCAGGGCUGAGCUGAGGAUCUCUGCGGUGUCAAAGUCAGACGAAGGCUUCUACAUGUGUCGAGACGCAGAGAAAAAGUCAGCACAGAGUUGGUUGUCAGUAAAAUCAGCAGCCAGUCCUGAAAACAUGAAGAGACCAUGUACUCUGCUACUGAUCAUUGGGUUGGUUUGUGGGAUUGUUGUGUUCAUUCUCCUGCUGCUAUUCUGUUACUGCAUGAAGUCCAAAAAUUCAAGCUUUGCAAGGACCACACUGUUUCAGAGAACCAAUCAGGGCUUUGCUCCAGAUCAAGUGGUUAAUCUGAAUGAAACUCAACCGCAGCUUCCUUCCUCUCAUCUCCACGAUCAAUCCGGCGAUGUCACUUACUCUUUGAUUCACCUUAAAGACAUUAGAAAGACCGAAAACUCCUCUGCUGCAGAAGAAACGGUUUAUUCUGAAGUGAAACUAGACAAAGCUCCUGGUCCUUGAAGACGUGUUUUUUGCUUAUUUUGUAUCAAAUUAAAAAUGUGUUUGUAUUUUUAAAGUGGAUUGAUACUGCAUGUUUGU